AACUGGGCUAUUGGAAUAAAUCGUUUUACUUUGGCGAUGAUUGGUUUGUGGCCGAACGAUAAAUUAAAUUAUCGACAAAAAGUCUGGGCAAAAUUUCGCUCUUUCUUCAUUUUUCUUCUGUUGACCGUCGUGCAAAUAAUGCCUUCGAUAUUCUCAUUAACGAGAGUGUGGAAUGACAUGGUGGCAAUAAUAGACAAUUUGCAAAUUACGCUACCCUUCUCAGUUUGUGCCAUAAAAAUUAUCAUCAUGUGGCUUCGUAAAGAAGAUCUCGAAUCGGUCGUAAACAUGAUCGUGGCAGAUUGGACUCGAAAGAAGACGGAGAAGGAACGCGUCACCAUGAUGAGCAAGGCGAAAAUUGCAAGAAUACUCAUCAUAUUCGGAUGCAUCAUGAUGGUAAUAGCGAUAUUUACUCUCAUCGUCCCGCCGUGCUUUGGAUAUUCCAUGAGAUAUGUGACGAAUAUAACGGAUCCGGGGAAACCAUUGUUACUGCAAACAUAUUAUUUUCGCGAUAUGUCGAUGAGCCCGAAUUUCGAGAUCAUGUUCUUCGCUCAAGCUAUGGCCAUCAUAUUGGGCGCUUUCACUUAUACGGGUAUCGACAAUUUUCUGGGACUGCUCGUCUUUCAUAUCUGCGGUCAAAUGGAGAUCCUCAAAGAGCGAUUGCUCAAUUUUGACGAAUUCAAAGACUUCAAUGUUGGAUUAUCCAUGAAUGUCCGGAAUCACGUACGUCUCAUCAGGUCCGUCGAAAUCAUUGACAAAACGUUCAAUUUAAUGCUCCUGGCACUAUUAGUGUAUUUUGGUAUAUUGUUUUGUCUUCAAGGCUUUCUAAUUAUUAACAUGAUGAAUGAUGGUGGCGACAUCUCCGUUGUGCGAAUAUUUUGGCUCGUGUCAGUACUCAUUAAUACGUUCGUUCACAUGUGCGUUUAUUGCGUGGUCGGUGACAUGCUCAUUGAAAAAUGUGAUGACAUAUUUUACGCGGUAUAUGAUUUUGCAUGGUACACGCUGAAACCGAAUGAAGCCAGAAGCUUGAUGCUGAUAAUGAUUCGCGCCGAAAAGCCUCUUUAUAUUACCGCUGGAAAAAUAUUUCCAAUGACGUUAUCCAUGUUUUGUAGCUUACUCAAGACGUCAGCUGGUUAUAUAUCUGUAUUGCAUGCUAAUCAUUAAUAAUACUUGGACACUGACUUGAACAAUCUUUGAUAGAAUAAAGCAAUAAAAAUACAGCGUCAAACAGCGUUUAAUU